CAGAAGAAAAAUAGAAAAUAUUGUGUAGAGAGAACGAAGUGAGAAGAAGCAAUGGCAGGUUCCGCUAUGGUUUUGGAUCCGAAGCCGAUUUCCGAACCUCCUCCUUCAAUCCCAUCAUCAAAAUACGACAACCACGCCGUUCAAUCCACGCCGGCGACGACAUCUGAUGAUGACGAUUCAUACGUCCGUCUCAAGUCCCUCCAGAGGCAACUCGAAUUCAUCGAUAUCCAAGAAGAGUACGUCAAAGACGAACUCAAGAACCUCAAGCGUGAACUCCUUCGAGCACAAGAGGAGGUCAAGAGAAUUCAAUCUGUUCCACUCGUUAUCGGUCAGUUCAUGGAAAUGGUCGAUCAGAACAACGGCAUUGUUGGCUCGACCACCGGUUCCAAUUAUUAUGUCCGAAUUCUCAGCACUAUCAAUCGAGAGCUUCUCAAGCCUUCUGCCUCCGUCGCGCUUCACCGCCACUCAAAUGCCUUAGUCGAUAUCCUGCCGCCUGAAGCAGACUCCAGUAUAUCGCUUCUUAGCCAGUCGGAAAAACCUGAUGUUACGUAUAAUGAUAUUGGAGGAUGCGAUAUUCAAAAGCAGGAGAUUCGUGAAGCUGUUGAAUUACCUUUGACCCACCACGAUUUAUACAAGCAGAUUGGUAUAGACCCUCCACGAGGUGUUUUGCUUUAUGGCCCUCCCGGAACAGGUAAAACCAUGCUUGCUAAGGCUGUUGCUAACCACACAACUGCAGCAUUUAUAAGAGUUGUUGGAUCAGAGUUUGUUCAGAAGUAUCUUGGUGAGGGCCCUAGAAUGGUUCGAGAUGUUUUUCGUCUGGCAAAAGAGAAUGCCCCGGCAAUCAUCUUUAUCGAUGAGGUAGAUGCUAUUGCUACUGCUAGAUUUGAUGCCCAAACUGGAGCUGAUAGAGAAGUUCAGCGUAUCCUCAUGGAACUCCUUAAUCAGAUGGAUGGAUUUGAUCAGACUGUAAAUGUGAAGGUUAUAAUGGCAACAAAUCGUGCCGACACUUUGGACCCGGCACUUCUUCGUCCUGGAAGGCUGGAUCGGAAGAUUGAAUUCCCUUUGCCUGAUAGGCGUCAAAAGAGGCUCGUUUUUCAGGUCUCCACAGCUAAGAUGAACUUAGGCGACGAGGUUGACUUGGAAGACUAUGUUUCUCGACCUGAUAAAAUCAGCGCUGCUGAUAUAACGGCUAUAUGCCAAGAAGCGGGUAUGCAUGCAGUGCGGAAGAACAGGUAUGUGAUACUGCCAAAGGAUUUUGAAAAGGGAUAUAGGACCAAUGUCAAGAAGCCAGACACUGAUUUUGAGUUCUACAAGUGAUAAGGCUGCUACCCUCCCUUCCAAUAACACCCCUAGGAUUACACAAUAUUCAUUCUACUUGAAUUCUGUCUCCGUUUUUACACAGUUUAGUUGAAUUCUGUCUCUCUGUUUUUACACAGUUUAGUUGAAUUCAUUAUCUCUGUUUUUACACAGUUUAGUUGAAUUCAUUAUCUCGACACUACUUGUUUUCAAAUUGUGUUCAUUUCUGUCUUUUAUUACA